AUGGCUUUCAGUAGAGAGAGUCGUCAAACCCUAAAAUUACUCUCAUCUGGCCCUUCAUUUCACUCGCAGCCACUUCCCACUCUUCCUUUCGACCUCAUCCCAGAUAUACUGUCUAGGUUACAGGUGAAAUUCCUCCUUCAACUCCGAUGUGUCUGCAAGUCAUGGAAAUCUCUGAUCUCCGAUCCAAAAUUUGCUAAGAAGCACCUUAGCGUGUCAACCAUCCGACGUCUGCACUUCGUAAACUACGAAGAAGGCUCACUUCGCGAGUAUGUUCUCAAGUCUUACCCACUCCACUCUAAUUUAGCAAGCACUAACACUAACUUCACACGGUUUGAGUAUUUUGCAAACAAUUUUGAUGGAGAUUAUCCUCGUGAUAGUAUCCGUUACUUCAUUGACUCUUGCAAUGGAAUCCUUUGUAUAGGAGACUACUUUAUUCAUGAUAGAACAGGUAGUGAUAAUUUGGUCCGCAAAUCUGAAGUAAAAGUUCAUACUUUGGGUUCUAAUAUUUGGAGAAACAUUCAAGAGUUUCCUUUUGGUGUUUUCCCUUUUGGAAGAUCGGGAAAAUUUGUUAGUGGCACUAUUAAUUGGUUGGCUUCCAGAAAAUUCUAUCCGGGAUGUAACCAUUUUAUUGUUUCUUUUGAUUUGGCAAAAGAGUCUUAUCAAAAGCUAUCACCUCCUAGUUAUGGAGGGGCAAAUGUGGGUAAAAUGCCUACCUUGGGUGUUUUGAAGGAUUGCUUGUGCUUGACUUGUGGUGAUGAUGUUUGGGUUAUGAAACAAUAUGGAAAAAAAGAGUCAUGGACUAAAUUGUUCACUAUUCCUUACGAGCGUGAUCCUAAUAGAUUCUACAUGUACGCCAAGGUAAUAUAUGUUUUUGAGGAUGAUGAAGUGGUGAUGUUGCACAUUUUAGGUGCUUUGGGAUUGAAUUUGAUUCUCUACAAUUAUAAAAAUGGUACUCUUAAGUCUACAAAUCUUAAAAACAAUCCAGAAGUCUGUAUUGAGAGUUUAAUAUGGCCUUGUUCUUAA